AGUUCUGCUCUGCUUUCUCCCGGUAGCCCGCUCCACUUCUUUCUUCACAAGUUCAUAAGAUACUGUAUUACCGAGGCUCUGAAAUAUACCAACCCUGGUGCCAAGCGUGUUUGACUGGAAGAGGAGAUAUUAAACCGUUGCCUCUGAUAAGGGUCGCUUGUGUUCUGUUUAGUUCUCACCAAAAGCUCAGUUUACAGACGAGUGAAAUAAAGAGAUGUAUUUAGUUUUUUGCUAAUGGCGUGCUAUGUUUCCUUUCCGAUAUAACUCUGAGAUAUUGUCUAAUUCUGAAUAUGUUUCAGUGAUGCCCAGUUGGCAUUUUAACCUUUCAUCCGCCAUGCAGCCACUUAUCCUGCCCUUCAGUGUUCUUUUUGCUCUUGGCACAGGUCUUUUAUGAGGGAGACAACAUUUUAAUGUCAGCAAUUCUGAACACGUCUCAGUCAUUUUAAAUGUAUAACUUUGAUAGGUGGUCGCCGAAGUGUGUGCCGGCUUUGUGUGUCCGUGUGUGAGUUCUUCUACACGUGUGCUCGCGUUCAGAGUGUGUAUUUAGAGAGCGAGCGAGAGUGUGUGCGCCCUCCGUGCUCUCUAAUCAGCGAGCGAGGGGAGGCGGGUCAAGGCGCUGACUGUAAUGCGAUAGCUGCUCUGCUCUGAAAUGAUAUUACACACAUACACACACGCACGCUACCUCGACGGCCAGGCUUUACUGACGGAGCAGCGUGCAGAGCGAUACCAGACUGCGAGGGGAGACUGAACGGAACGGAGGUGCGCUACAGUCAGCUCAACCUUGUCACGUACAACGUGAACACAACCUGUAUUUAAAAGUGGGGAAACUGUAGCGCAGGGACUGCAUUCAUCUGCGCGAUCUUUUAAUCUAAACUAUUUUAUUUGAUGACUUGCAGAAUUUAUAAAGCAACCACGGACUGCUGCUCCAAGGGGGAAGGCAUCGCCCGCAGAUUUGGAGGUAACUGGGAGCUACUCUUCAAGCAUUCUCCUGGGGAAAACGUCAAACUCUACGAGCCCGAGGUGGCAAUGGAGCUAUCAAACCUGGGCAAAUCUCCAGUCAUCAAUACAAGGAAUACGUUUUAUUGCUACUGACAUGCAGUAUGUCCGCGAACAGAUAGACGUCUUUUCCCUGAUACAGUUGAAAGACGGGCUGCGACUGCCUCUCUGCGAACGGUCUUCUGCCGUUUGAUUUCCACGAAACGUACCCAAGGCUGAAAUUCAACGGAGAAGUUGAAAGACUCAUGCUACAGAACCAAACUACCUUGAGCUAUCAUCCUUAACACAUUUAGUUGAUACACAGUUAUUUAUGGGACAAGUACAAUUCUCUUUGUAUUUGUAGGAUAUCAAAGAGAGGGGAAGCAAGAAUUAACAAAACAACACCAACAGCUGCAAGACAUUAGCGGCAACAUAUUUUGCAAGAUGGAUAUUUUAUCGUCAUUGUUUGGAUUUUUAUUAGCUCUUUGUCUGACACUGAAAGUGCACAGUGAAGAAGCUGUGCGGUGUGGCGGGCAGGUGGAUGCCAGCGAGGCCGGCUACAUCACCUCUCCCGGGUACCCGCUGGAGUACUCCCCUCACCAGAGCUGCCAGUGGGUGAUCACCGCGCCCGAGCCCUCGCAGCGCAUCGCCCUCAACUUCAACCCGCACUUUGAGCUGGAGAAACUGGACUGCAGGUAUGACUACAUCGAGAUCCACGACGGGAACUCGGAGGCAGCCGAACUGCUGGGGAAGCACUGCAGCAACAUCGCCCCCCCGCCCAUCAUCUCCUCCGGCCCCACCGUCUUCAUCAAGUUUGUCUCCGACUACGCCCACCAGGGCGCCGGCUUCUCGCUGCGCUACGAGAUCUACAAGACAGGAGCUGAGUAUUGUUUCCGGAACUUCACCAGUCUUUCGGGGGUUAUCGAGUCCCCGGGCUUCCCUGACAAAUACCCCCACAACCUGGAGUGCUCCUUCAUCAUCAUCUCCCCCCCUCGCAUGGAGGUUACCCUCACCUUCCUGACCUUUGACCUGGAGAAUGACCCCCUGCUUCUGAACGAGGGGGACUGCAAGUACGACUGGCUGGAUGUGUGGGACGGGCUGCCUCAGGUUGGACCCCUGAUUGGGCGUUACUGUGGCACUAAGAUCCCACCGGAGAUCCAAUCCUCCACAGGCCUGCUCUCCCUCACCUUCCACACUGACAUGGCCGUGGCCAAAGACGGCUUUUCUGCCCGCUACAACAUGACCUACCGGGAGGUCAGCGACACUGCCUUUCACUGCAGUAAUCCCUUUGGCUUGGAGUCAGGGCGCAUCUCUGAUGACCAGAUCACGGCCUCGUCCUCUUUCUACGAUGGACGCUGGUCGCCCCGCCAAGCUCGCCUCAAUAACGACGACAAUGCCUGGACUCCCAACGAAGACAGCAACAAGGAGUACAUACAGGUGGACCUCCAUUUCCUCAAGGUACUGACUGGCAUUGCCACACAGGGGGCCAUCUCCAAGGAGACGCAGAAGUCCUACUAUGUCUCCACCUUUAAGCUGGAGGUCAGCACCAACGGGGAGGACUGGAUGGUCUACCGCCAUGGCAAGAACCACAAGAUUUUCCACGCUAACACGGACCCGUCGGAAGUGGUGCUGAACCGAGUUCCCCAGCCGGUACUUGCCCGUUUCGUUCGGAUCCGACCGCAGAUCUGGAACAACGGGAUCGCCCUGCGCUUUGAGCUCUAUGGCUGCCAAAUCACAGACGCUCCAUGUUCUGAGCUGCAGGGCAUGCUCUCCGGCCAUCUCCCCGACUCCCAGAUCUCGGCCUCCUCUGCGCGUGAGCUCCACUGGGUCCCCAGCGCCGCGCGGCUGGUGGCCAGCAGGUCCGGUUGGUUCCCCCAUCCCACGCAGCCCCUGGCUGGGGAGGAGUGGCUGCAGGUGGACCUGGGCCUGGUGAAGGUGGUGCGGGGCAUCAUCACCCAGGGGGCCCGGAGCCAGGAGAGCGGGGGGACCAGCGCUGAUAACCGGGCCUUCGUGAGGAAGUACCGGCUGGCACACAGCCUCAAUGGGAACGACUGGAACUGGAUUAUGGACACGAAGACGAGCAUGCCAAAGGUGUUUGAGGGGAACACACACUAUGACACUCCAGAGCUGCGGCGCUUCGAGGAGAUUCCGGCGCAGUUCCUCCGGGUUUAUCCAGAGCGCUGGUCUCCCGCUGGGAUCGGAAUGAGGAUGGAAGUGCUAGGAUGCAGUCUUCCAGAAACCACCACUGUUCCCGAGAGCACGACCCCCACCCCCGCCCCAACGCAGCCCAACGCCAGUGAGCCUCUCAGCACAGCCGCCAGCAUUCCUCCAUCGUCUCAGGAGGGGGUGUGUGACUUUGAGCAGGGGUUGUGUGGGUGGACUCUCGACCCGGCCUCUAGUCUCGUCUGGGCCCUGCAGAGCUCCAACAGAACCACCGAACCCGGCCAGGACCCAGCCUUGGGCUCCAACAGUUUGGAUAACUACCUGUACAUCGAGACUGGGGAUGGCGCUGAGGCCCAGCGAGGCCGUCUCCUGAGCCCGGAGGUGGGGGCCGACAUGGGGCCCCUCUGCCUUCUCUUCUCUUACCAGCUGGAAGGGCCCGGGAGCCUGCGCGUGCUCCUGAGGAACCCCCACCUGGAGGAGACCCUCCUCUGGGCCCUAAAGGGGGACCAGGGACCCGUCUGGAAGGAGGGCCGCACCAUCCUCCCCCGCUCUCCAAAAGAGUUCCAGGUGGUGAUUGAGGGGCUCUUUGAGCACAGUGGCAAAGGCCACAUCUGGAUCGACAACGUCCACAUGAGCCUGAGCACGCCGCUGGAGGAGUGCACCCAGCCCUUUGCUGCGUUCCCUCCUGAUAUGAAAGGGGGAGCCCUUCCCGACGGGAGUCACCCCACACUAGCCACCCGCUCAGUGCCACCCAUGCCCCCCAACUGGUAUUACAUACUGGCGGGUGGAGGCGCCAUCUUGAUCCUGGCGACCGCCGUGCUCACUGUGGCCAUAUGCAGCCAGCGGCGCCAGAAUUCUGCCCAGAAGAGCCUGCCUGCCGCCUACUACAGCCCCCAGACCUCGCACUACCCCAGGGGAGGCAGCGGUCGCCUGGGGCCAGAUCCAGCAUUGACAGUUUGGCUUGAUAAAGAAGAUGGCUGCUCCCAUUACUGACUGAGCCUGCUGGGGGGGCAUGAACGUUAUACACUGUUCCCUCAGAACUUCCUAACACUUUCUGGAUCUUUCUGAUCGGAAGCUGAGGAGACAAUGAGAGUGACAAUGACAGAAAACCAAACUCAACUGUGCACCUCACUUUUCACUGAGUCGGAUCAUUGAUCAAAAAUGUACAUGAAGAAAUAAGGGAUGGUGUUCCCACUCAACGUGUUUUUUUUCUACCCCCUCAAUGGAUGCUGCCUUGGCAACUGUCUUAGACAAAAGCAGAAAAGGUCCUACAUAUAGAUUUCCUUUAGACUCUGAGGAUUUCUCUGCCUUUUUGUCUUCCUUUGUUCGCCCUUUCGUUGUUAGAUGCUGUUAUAAGUCCAGUGGAGCUCUCUCUGGUUCCAGAGCUAAGCCUGUUUACUAGCAACGCCGCAGCCAGAGAAAAAUUGGCAAUUCUUCGCUCUGGGUCUUCGGUUUUGUCUGGAUCGGUCCCAGCAUGGGCGCGCUGAGCAAGGGUUUAAAUCCCGACUCAGGCCAGUUGCAGCAGUGAGUGAGUGCACUCCUUAAAUAGAAUAGAGCCAGACCUUGAGAAACGUCCUGUUUUGAGAGGAACGGGGGUACUCUCUAACUGUUACAAGGUCAAACAUGCUGAUAUUUCGAAUCAUAGGAAGGCAAACAGUGUCGUGCCAUUUUGCAGUCAGUGAUCUAAAAACUGUCAAAAACAUAAUUUACACCCAAGCACCUUUCGGAGAGUCAGACCGUGGGGUAGAGUUUUCCCCUGUGAUACUAUAUUUUGUUUCCAUGAGCUCAACACCUGUGAAUCAUUUGGAUGUGAGUUAUAGCUGUAUGGUCAGCAGAGAGUACGAAAAACAGGCGGUCUGUUGAUCGUACCACGGAGACUUCCAAACAGAGAGUCUACUGGGAGCCACAGGCAGAACAUGACAAUGGAGGUUGUGUUUGUGUAAGCGAGUCUGAUUUUAAACAGACCGUGUUGGCCCACGAAGACAGUGAGGGAGUCCUUUUUUUUUUCUUUUUCUUUUUCUUUUAAAGAGCCAAUUGUUUGUACUGAGAGGUGUAAUUUUAAACAGAGACAGUUACCAUAUGUGUUCCAGGUCUCUGAAUACCUGAAGAGUUUAAAGCGAAAGAGUGAUGGAUAAGAGAGAGAUGGAGAGGGAUGGGGUGGAGUGAGGUGGGGGUGGGGUGGGGGGGUGAAGGGGGGUUGAGAGGUGUCAUGCCACAAAAAGCAUCCAUGCACCCUCGUUUCCUUUUUGGAUCCUUGGUGACAGUAACCUAUUGCCUUUGUUCCCCCGUGCCCCUGUGCUUCACAACAGUAUCAUGAGGUGUGUGGGCGCGUGUUAUUCAGAGAGAGAGAGAGAGAGAGAGAGAGAGAGAGAGGGUGAUUGUUUACUGAGCUCCCUGAUAAAAAAGAGAGAAAGGAGAGAGAGAAAAAAAAUGUUGGGUAGAAAAUUCCCAGCUAAACAAAGACAGCUGCUCCCCUUUACCACCUCCUUCCCUAAUGAGGGGAGAGACAACUCCAGACCACGACAGAACAGCUCACACACACACACACACACACACACACACACACACACACACACACACAGCUGGGAGCAAUUGUGCUUAGAGGAUCCGCUAGGGUGUGGGCAGCCCUGCAAACGACAGAAAAAUGAGAAGCACGCCUUUUAUUCUUCUGAGAAAAAACGAGGAAGUUUGCUCCUCUCCCGUCCUGUCCGUGGCCUGACAUCGUGUCCAACGACAUUGUGGUCAUCUGCAAGUAGCAUAUGCACUCCUAGCCACUCCAAAGUUAGAGGUAUCGACAAAGGUAUCGACUGAUACCUCAUUAACCUCCAGGGGACGUCAUCAGGACAAAGUGUGUUGGAGAGACGCGUUGAAUCCCCUUGUUAUCCUUUUGUUGUGAGGGAACUUAAGUUUGCCUUUCGCUGCACAAUUUAUUUAAUGACGUGCGGCAGAGUGCAUAUUUUGUCAAUUGCUAAUCAUAAUAACACUUUUGGCGGGAGAGAAACCUUUGAGGUUAUGAUGUGCUGGCCAAUGUUUCAGCGUGCCAACACGCCUCACCAGGCCCUGGCAACCCCCUGCUCUCACCUGCGUGGCGUCGCCAUGGGAACGAGAACCGGGACGGAGUGGCGGCGGAGAGAAACAUGGAGGCUUGGCUUUGGGAAGCGCUUAGCUUUUUUUUUUCGAGAGAGAGAUGAGGAGCAGCACUAAGAGAUGUUUUGGCAUACCCUCGCGACGUGCUUUUAAAUCAACCUAAGGCUCACUGCAGCACCUCUGCCUUGGUCUGCUUUAGUCUCUCUCUCUCUCUCUCUCUCUUUCUCUCUCUCUCGCUAUCUCUCUCUUUCUCUCUCACCCCCCCUCUCACUCUCCCUCCUCCUCUCUGUGCAUUCUUUUCCAAGCUCUUAAUAUUUUUAAUUAGUUAAUGGACCAGAUAGCAUUUAUUAAGGCUGCUGUUAGAGGCAUAACCCCCCCCAGCCCCCCGCAGCACCACCUCCCCCCCCCCUUACCAGUUUUCCUUUUUCUCUCCGCCUCUCGUUGUCCCUGGAGACCGCAUUAAUGAGUUAAAGCUCCCUCCAGACCGACGUUCACGAUGCCGCCGAAGGGGCACCAUUCCAAACCGUCGCUCCCUCCUCUCUUUCUCUCUCUCUCUCUCUCUCUCUCUCUCUCUCUCUCUCUCUCUCUCGCUCUUGCACUCUCACUUCUCACUCUUGCUACACCAUACCCUAGUGUAGCACAUCGCUUCUCUCUCUCAAACACACACAGACAUCACAGGGAAAGGGAAAGUGAAGGAAAAGAUUUUUUUUUCUGUCGUUAAAGUAAAAAGAGGAAUGGAUUGCUUUAGGGCUUCUAGCCACCCGCCAGUCGUCUCCACGGCACACGGUGACUCAUGGGUCCUGGCCGGGCCCUGGGUGGCAGGCCAUCAUCCAGCAUGCCAUCCGAGGUGGCCGUUUUUUUCUCAUCGUCUCAUCGCGUCCAGCGCAUAUCGCUCACAACAAUGCAACCCACGACGUCCACUCGCACGGCCCAGCAUCUUCUACUGAUUGGUCUCCGCUGGGAUGUUCCCCCGUUAAGUCCAGUUUCGAAACGUUAGGGGGUAGCAUGCAAAAGCAGACACACAGACUCAUCUCCUGCUGUGGAGUUCUUAGGCUACAGAGUCUGCUUUGCUGUGCUUUACUGUGGAUGACACAAGGGAGGGGAGGGGGGUGGGGGGGUGCUAGAAUGAUGCCAAACAUAUUCAGUGUGAAAGUGACACCUAUAUGAUCAGUAAAGAUGGUGGUGCUGUUGAUGAGGAGGAUAAUGGCAACGAAGACGAGGAAGGUGAUAAUGACAAUGAUGUGAUGUUGAUGACGACGAUGAUGAGGAUGAUGCACUUUGCUCGCAUUACGAAUGUACAACUUCAGUAGGCUGUACCUCAAUCUUAAACUGCAUUUGCUGUGAAAAGGCAAUAUAUCUACACAUAUAUAUCAAAUAUAUACAUAAUGAAUAUUUUUGCUUGAUGGAUUUGAAAGUCUUUGGGAUGUUUUUGGAAUGUACAAAAUAAAAUCUUAUUUUUCUAUUA